CUCACUUCAACAAACUCUCAACACACUUCCCCUCUCAGUUGUAACCAGCCCAUGGAAAUGGAGAACCAAAUGGAGAGCCAGAAGAGAAGAGGAAUGAGCCAAGAUGAUUUAAUAUCUGAACGGACAGGGUCUUUGGGAUGUAUUGGUUGGGUUAUAGUCAUAAUCUCUGGCCUCUUCACAACUCUCCUUUUCCCAAUCACUAUCUGGUUUUGUCUGAAGAUUGUUCAGGAGUAUGAGCGUGCCGUCAUCUUCAGACUGGGCCGCAUUACAGACAGGAAGGCGAAAGGACCAGGAAUUUUCUUCAUUUUGCCAUGCACUGAUUCCUUUGUGAAAGUUGAUCUGCGUACAGUUUCAUUUGACAUCCCACCCCAAGAGAUUCUGACCAAGGACUCAGUCACAGUUUCUGUGGAUGGAGUGGUGUACUUCCGGGUCAGUGACCCCAUUGCCUCUGUGGCCAACGUGUCUAAUGCUGACUUCUCCACCCGUCUGCUGGCACAAACUACCCUCAGAAAUGUCCUUGGAACUAAGAACCUGGCUGAGCUCUUGUCUGACCGUGAGGGCAUCGCUCACAGCAUGCAGUCCAACCUGGAUGAAGCCACAGACAACUGGGGCAUCAAGGUGGAGCGUGUGGAGAUUAAAGAUGUGAAGCUGCCACAUCAGCUGCAGAGAGCCAUGGCUGCUGAAGCCGAGGCUUCACGAGAGGCCAGAGCCAAGGUGAUUGCAGCUGAGGGCGAGAUGAAUGCAUCUCGUGCACUGAAGGAGGCGUCUCUCGUGAUCGCAGAGUCCCCGUCAGCUCUGCAGCUUCGCUACCUGCAGACCCUCAACACCAUCGCAGCAGAGAAGAACUCCACCAUCAUCUUCCCCCUUCCCAUGGAUAUCAUAUCUCACUUCAUGCGGAAGUGAUGCGUCAGUUUGCUCUUCAUCUGAAGUCAUUGUUAAAUAAAACAUGAGUCAGGUGGGUUCAGGAUUCAUUUCUGUGACUCUUUGUGAAAUAAUCUGCCAGGAUGCAAGAUAAUGCUAUAUGGUCGACAUUUUUUCAGACUGAUCAUAAAAACACCUUUAUGGUUCAUAUAGUCAAGCUGUGAUCAUCCUAGUCCUGCUAACCAAUGUGACUUAGAUUAAAUUCAGUAGUCUGCAUAGUUUACAUGUCUUUGACAAAGAUUAAUAAAUAGAAUAGUGUCUCAUUCAUGAUAUCACAUGAUGUAAUGUUGCAUACUUUACAUUAAAUGUUAAAUGUUUAAAACUAAGCUUCUGUUGCCUCAUGUCUCAACUCUUAAAUCCCUUAUAUGAAGUUGUGGAUGGUAGUAGUUUAUGGGGUUUUUUAAAUGUUUUUUAUUGAACAGUUCUCUUAAAAACUCUGAGGGACUCAGGUCAUAUUUUUGAAAUAAGCAGCCUUUGUGGCAAAAAGAAAUUAAAUAUUUUCCGUCUACAUGUACUAAGAUUUAUUAAGGUUGUAAAAAAAACGAAUUUAUGAAUAUAACCAACAUUUAUCAAUUUUCAGUGUAUAUAAAUAGAACUGUAUGUGUUAGGUCAGCUUUUUUGUUGAAUUUUGAAACCCAAAGUGUUGUUGCUGGAUAUGGAUAGAGAGCAAUACGACGGAUGUAAUCGGGAUAUCUGAUGUCAAAAAGGCCAAUAAAAGCAAUUUCAAAA